CACUCACCAACCAUCUUCUCUGUUCCUAAGCUGUCCAAAAUGAUGACCUGGUACACAACUACGUUCAAGGAUCCACUGAUGGCAAGCCCAGAACCCUGGUUCCAGGUCCUCCUCUACCUUGAAGCAUUCCCAUCACUGUUUUUCUUCCCUGUUGCUGCCUACGCCUUCUGGAAAGGGAACUGCAAGUGGAUCCGGACCCCUGUGACGAUCUACGCGACGCACGUAACUACAGCUGUGACCAUUUGCCUGGCCCAUAUCCUGUUUGCCGAUUUCUCCAGUGCCAAGGCUCCCGGCCCACAGACCCUGCGGGAACGCCUGGCCGUGUCUGCUAUCUAUGCCCCUUUCUUGGUGAUUUCCCUCCUGAUGCUGCUGCUUGUACUGUUCAGCCCUGCUUAUCAGCAAGUGGAAAAAAAGAAAAAGAAAUAAAACCAUUGGCCAUUCUCCUUUGGGAAGGAAAAUGUGCAAAUUAGCUUAAGGGAAGUGUGUUUUGUGUUCGGAGGGCAGCAGAUUAUGAACUAGGCCUCGGUGUACCUGUCAGAUGGGAAAUGCUCUCCAGGGGGAUCUCAGAAAAUCACUCUGAAAAAGUGUUAUGCAAUAAAACAGCCUAUUUUUCUCAUAAAA